AUGGGUGAUUCGCCCAAGCAUUCAGCCGAUCUUUUGAAUAUUCCCGGGCGUAAACAGACCAUUGCCAAGCUGUUGGCAACUAAUCAGCCUGACAACGAUCAACUACACCAGGAUACAGCACCUCCAGCUCCACCGUUACCACGACAAAAGCCCAACAUGUACAAAGUUUCCCCUCCAAGUGAUAUUUUAUCCCGUGUACAAGCAUUCUUGCCACAGCUUCAAACUGCCAACAGCGAACUUGAUCAAAAGGACCCAUCUGAAUUGGAUAUUGAGAAUGUGAAUGAAGAACAAGAGGGCCAAUACAUUGAAAUGAAUCUGGGAUUGGGUGUAUUCGAAGCCAAGCGUAAGGGCGAUGCAUCGGACACGAGCGACGAUCAUGAUAGCGAUGACAAUGACGAGAUUAUCAUACCAUCCUCUUCAUCGAAACCUACCACUACCGAGAAACCCAAUAUCCAAUUGCUGCAUUCUGAAGAUUCCAAUGACGAUAAGCAUUCAUAG